UAAACGGUUUGUUUUCUUGGUGACAGCUGCCACAGUUGUCAUAUCAACAACCCGCAAAAAUUAAAAGAAAAUACAAACAACGAAGAAAAAAUUUAAUUUUUGUAAAUUUUUAAGUAAAAAUCCCCCGAAAAUGUUAAAUAAUGAACAAUUUGCUGAUCCUUGUCUAGAAAGACAUUUUACUGGACACAGUCAAGCCAUAACACAAGUGCGCUUUAAUCCGGAGGGCAAUAAAGUGGCCACUAGUUCUUUGGACUCAUCUGUUAUUUUGUGGGAUUUAAAGCAAGCCGCCAGAUGUAUACGUUUUUCAGCCCAUAAUGAUAGUGUUUAUGGUGUCAGCUGGUCGCCCAAAUCGAAAUUGGUGGCCUCUUGUUCCAAAGAUAAAACUGUCAAGAUAUGGGAACCAAAAUUGAAAGGAGUUUCUGGGGAAUUUUUAGCUCAUGGUAAACCGGUAAGAUCAGUAGAUUUUGAUCCCUCCGGUACAAUGGUGGUGACAGCUUCCGAUGAUAAAACUUUGAAGUUGUGGCGUGUGGCUCAAAAGAAAUUCCUCACCUCCUUUGCCUGCCACACUAAUUGGGUGAGAGCGGCUAAAUUUAGCCCUAAUGGACAAAUGAUUGCCUCUUGUGGUGAUGACAAGUCUUUGCGUAUUUAUGAUGUCAACUCCGGCGAAUGUAUACGUUGUUUUACCGAGGAAAAGGGUAUGGGACGACAGGUGGCUUGGCAUCCGGAUAGCACGGUGGUAGCAGUUGCCAUGACUUGUAAUCGCGUGAAAAUAUUCGAUUUAGUAGCUCAGGAGUUAAUACAAUUAUAUGAAGUACAUGUGGGCGCAGUAAACGAUUUGGCUUUUCAUCCAAAUGGCAACUUUUUACUAACCUGCAGUGAUGAUGAGACCAUGAAAAUAUUAGACUUACUAGAAGGCAGACCCAUUUAUACCCUAACGGGUCAUACGGGUAAAGUAACAGCGGUGGCUUUUAGUCAGGAUGGUUCACAAUUUGCCUCGGCGGGAGAUGAUAGACAGCUUUUAGUUUGGAAAUCCAAUCUUCAUACCUAUGACGUUUCUCUCUAUGAGGCCAAGCUGGCGCGUGAAACUUUAAAUGAAAGUGGCAUUGUGCCUCAUGCUCAACAAACGCCUGCCAGCACUAUGACAACCACUACAAAUGCUAGUGAUCAAUCUAUAAUUAUCGAUCCCCGCCAAUCAAUGGCCUAUAAUAAUCGUGAUGAAAAUUUCCAGGUGCUUGAAAGUGAAUAUAUUAAACAUUCGACUACACACUUGACAUCUUCACCCUCCAUCACUACUACUACUACUAAUUGCUCCGCCACUUCGACGUCGUUGUCGUCAACAUCUAGGACUUCUGGGCAUUUAAGCUCUAAUAGCAGUUCUUUGUUAAAUUUUCCUAAAAGUAAAAGUAGCUUUUUCGAUGAUUAUAAUAAUUCUCCUAAUAGGAAAUUACAGAAUCAAACGAAUGCCAGUUCGAAAUAUUUUUAAUUUCAUUUAAAAAAAAAACUUCUUUGAUUUUUCACUUUUUUUAAUAUUUUUAUUUAUUAAUAUGUAUAAUAGAAGGACCAUCCACCUUGCAGUUAAAUUUAUCUUUUGAAUUGAGUUUUACUUUAAAAAUUAGGUGGUCAUUUUUGUGUUUUAACUUAUUUUUUCUCUGCUAUUUUUUUCUAUUUCAUAUAUAAAUUACUUUAUAUUAUAUUUGAUUUUCUUGGAUCAUAUUAUAUAACCUCUAUGUCCAGUAUUGUAUUAAUAUCUAAUAAUAAAAGAAGUUAUAUGACGUUUUUAAUAAAAAA